CAUUCCAUGUGUAUGACUGGUUUCGCAUUCGCUUCGUUUGUUUGAAAAUGGCGUCCACGCAAAGGGCGUUCACGCAGAAAUUAUCCAAGGCUCAUCCAGCAGAAGUGCGUCGAAAUGUCUCUUGUCAUGCCUCGAAAUGCAGUCGAUUGUCCCCGUCUUCUUCAGCGAGCUGGGCUUCUGAUGUAAUCGAACCUAUUGAGUUUGAAGACUUUCUAUCACAAUAUCAACUGCUGAUUGAUAGAGAUCCAUUAAGAGGAAUACUUGAUAUUCCACCAGGGGAUGUUAGUGUUGAGAUUAUCGAGAGACCCAUCAGGACAAUCAGACCUAUAAUACCAGAAGAAAAAAGUGAGAGUUUACCACCACAUGUACAAGCAUGUGUUUCCUGUUAUACUUCUGAUUGGCAAGUUGUGAAAUAUCAGCAGAGAAAUUUGAGCAGCAGCUAUGGAUCAAGACACAAUCUACCAAAAGCUUUGCAUUCAAGCCCAAAACAAGAGUUUGAGGUUGAUUUUCAGCCUACUUUAUCUGAAGUUAGUUCAGAAUUUGACUUGACCUCAGCGCCUGGAAGCAGUCGUCAGAGUGUAAUAUCAAUUAGUUCAUCAUGUAGUGAAACAUUGACGCCCAGAAACUCCUGGGCUUCCUUAGAUUUGCGGCAUUCAGCUGGCGAUCCGUUGAUUCCUGAAAUUCUCGAGCAUUCCGCUCCGGAAGCUUUGGAUCAACUCAACGAAAGUCGCAGGCAAGUUGAGCGGCAGGAAGCUUUGAUGUCUCUUUCACCUCAGCCUCAACAACCCGAUGAGGAACCAGUAGAAAGACGAUUGACUGCUGGACCACCAAUGGAACACAUUGGACAUCGGAUUUUAGUCAAAUGUCUUCAAUUAAAUCUUGAACUGGAAGUUGAGCCACUCUUUGCAUCCCUUGCUUUAUACGACGCCAAAGAGAAGAAAAAAGUAUCGGAGACUUUCUACUUUGAUUUGAAUAAAGAAAAUUUAAAGAGAAUGCUAGAUGAUCAUAUUCCACUGAAUGACACCAGUACAUUGGCAAGAGGAUGUAUAUUUGACAUCACAAACCCAUCUCCGGAUCUUUUUCUUGUGAUUCGACUGGAAAAAGUUCUUCAAGGGGAUUUGAAUGAGUGUAUAGAACCAUACUUAAAAGAUGACAGAAAUCGUGAUAAAAUCAAAGCAAGCGCUGUAGCAACCUGUGAACGCCUUGGAAAAUACCGUCAGGCAUUCGCCUGGACAGCAAUCUACUUGAUGAACGUAAUCAACGGCGGAGUGAAUGAACCUGACCGUGAAAGCACCGGUUCCAACAGUAGCACAAACAGUCUGGAUCGUAAAACAGCCAGCGGUGGUCUAGAACAAUUACGUCGACGUGCCCAAGAUAUGGGCACACUCACCCGGCGUGGAUCUCUGGAACGUCGUGAAAAACGCCGCUCUUGGUCACCGGAUCACCUCGCGAACAGUCUGGAUAACUUCAGACCCAUCACACUCACAGUCACUUCAUUCUUCAAACAGGAAUUUGAGAAAUUAAAAGAUGACGACCUGUAUAAAUUUCUACAUGAGUUAAAACGUCCGAAUUUAAUCAUCAAGAAGAUGAAAUGCAUUCCUGCAACACUGCGAUUGGAAAUAAUGCCUUGUCCAUCCGAGGUAAAACAUUCUUUGACUUCGGAAUUAGAAAAGAUACAUCCGUAUCAUGAUGAUACAGCACGACCUGUGAAGGAAUUACUAGAGUUUCCGGUUAAGGAGUUAUUGAAUCCGCAUUAUUUGUAUAGGAAUUUGCUGUUUGUAAGUCCGAAGGAGUUGAAUUUCUCGAAUCGUGGUGGAUCAGCGAGGAAUCUAGCUGUCCGGGUGCAGUUGAUGGCUGGAGAAGGUGAACAGCAUGCUUUGCAUAAUAUUUUCGGCAAGAGUAGUUGUCCAGAGUUCACGAAUGAAGUGUACACAGCUGUGACAUACCACAGUAAGACUCCAGUGUUUUAUGAUGAGAUUAAAAUGAAGCUGCCGAAUGCCCUGGCUGAUAAUCAUCAUAUUCUCUUUACUUUUUAUCAUAUUUCGUGUCAGAAGAAGGUGGAACAGACGCAGGUUGAUACACCAGUUGGUUAUACAUGGUUGCCACUUUUAAGAGAAGGCAGAUUAGUCUCUGGAGAAUUCUGUCUUCCUGUAAUGCUAGAACCACCUCCCUUGAACUACAGCUACAUUCCUGCUGAUGUAUGUCUACCAGGAACAAAAUGGUUGGACAAUCACAAAGGAUUGUUCACUGUGUGCUUGGAUACUGUCUCAUCAGUACACACGCAUGAUCAAGCAGUUGAGCGAUUUCUUGCUGCUUACGAUUGUGUGCAUACUGGUAUCAUUCCAUCGAGAUUAGGUGAAGCUGGAUUGGCGCAAGAACUCCGGUCUUCGAUGAGUGGCCUAGCUGGUGCGAAACCCGAGUUAAUCGUUCAAAAUCUCCCGUUGAUUUUUGACAGUAUCAUUCAAUUACUUGUACAGCCACCGCGCCUAGCCGAGAAGACGUUGAAUAUCGCACAUAUUGCUUUUGAAGCUUUAUGUUUACUCCUAGAAAGAAUUCAGACGUUGCAAGACUUACAAAUGGAUCACCACGGAAGAAUUGGUCUUCUUUCAACUUACAUCCAAUACCAAUGUCGAAUUCCCCACGCAAUGUGCAACAGCGCACAAAAUUCUCCAACUUAUGAAACAUCAUUAACUCGCAGCAGUUCAAACCCUGAUUUAGAGAUAUCACAACAACUCUCUCCGCGUGGUAUUGAUCGCGUUGCGAGCAUGCGUUCCAAUAUGGCGGGCGAACCAACUCCGAUUUAUAAUAACUGCCAACGCAUCCUCUAUGAGGAACUUGCAGUUCAAUGGGGGAUUUGCAACGGAAGAUCACGUGAUCAAAGCAUGCAGAAUGCUUGGUUCCUCUUUGAUUUGAUCAUCAAAAGUAUGAUUGAACACUUGGCACAUACCGGUAGUCUUGAUGCACCGCGACGUUUGCGUUUCUCACAACAAUUCAUGGAUGAUAUCGUUCAUUUGGUGAAUUGUGUGACGUCUGAUAUAAUUUCGCAUGCGAAUGAUGGAGAUAUUCGACGUGCGCAUAAGUUAAACGCAGGAUUAGCCUUCUUUUUCUUUGAUUUGGUGUCGAUUGUCGAUCGGGGGUUUGUAAUGCAAUUAUUGCGGACUUACACGAAACAAGUCCAGGCGAAAAUCUCAUCGAUGCAAGAUCCUGCGAUGUUGUUCAGUCUGAAAGUUGAAUGUGUGAGGAUAAUGUGUAGUCAUGAGCAUUAUGUGCCUUUGAAUUUGCCUUUUGCGACGCCAUUCAUGACGUCCGGAGCGAGUGUCUCGCCCAGUCCGAGUGUAACUUCAUCAACAAGUCAGAAUUCCUUCCUGUCGGGACCUCCGGCGAGUCAGGAGAGAGUCAGCACCUUUGCGGAAUUAUCAUCGGAAUAUCGCCAGCAUCAUUAUUUAACUGGCUUGGUCCUAACUGAUCUUGCAACUGUUUUAUUGGAAAUGCAUAAUCCGAAUCUUCACGCAAAGGCAGUCGACACGAUUCGAUCACUGUUAUCCUGGCACGAUAACGAUCCGCGCUACAUUUCGCCGGAAGCACGUCGGCGUGUUGCGGCGCUUUAUCUGCCGCUGUUAUCGGUGGCGAUGGAUGUGCUCCCGAUCCUCCAUCAAUUCAACCACGACCGGAACGAUCGUUUCGUGGAAGACACGCCAAGCACCAACAUUAAUCAAGCUGUGGCGUUGGCUAUCGCUGGUGCGCCAACAAAUUGUGAUGGAUUUCAAACGUUACAACAUCGAAAAACUGCUGUGUCAUCAGACGUCACCCGCCAACUUCUACUCUGUGUGUUGUGGGUGCUCAAAAACGUGGAGACUGAAUCCCUCAGUCAUUGGAUGGGUGAGUUGUCCACAAAUCGCAUGGCUACACUUUUCCAUCUUUUGGACGCGUGCACAUCUUGCUUUGAAUACAAACCGCGUCGACGAAGUCAUCAACCCUCGGGAUAUGCGCAUGCACAAGUCCCGCAAGAUGUAAAAAGUCGUCUGGAGGACAUGAUUCUCGGUCAGGGAUCCGCUCGGGAAAUGAUGCAAAGGCGCAAAGCGCAAAAUACUUCAUCUGCAUCAUCAACCACUUCGGAAAAAGUACGUUGGCGUAAGGAACAGAUGACAUAUCGUCCAUCGGAAAAUGUAGAUCGACCGCGCGAGGAUAUGUCUAUUGAUGUGCAUUUAGAGGGACAUUUAGCUACGGAAGCGUCUUUUAUUGUACUGGAUACUUUGGAGAGAUGUGUGGCGACUGUUUCACUCUGGGAUAAUCAACAACAUUUGGUUGGGUUGGCUCUGACUGUGUUAUUGCAUGCAUUGGCUAAGAAUCAGAGCACUACUGUCCUACCACAUAUGUUUGCAUCGCAAAGAUCUUUAGUUUUCAAGUUUCACAGUGCUUUGUUUGAUGAGGAGAGUGAUCACUGCGCAGACUUGUGUUUGUUGUUACUGAAACAUUGUGGGUCACACAUUGCUUCAGUGCGUUCACAGGCAGCAGCUUCAUUGUAUUUACUCAUGAGGCAAACAUUCCAGAUUGGUAAUAACUUUGCGCGUAUUAAAAUGCAAGUCACGAUGUCCCUGAGUUCACUUGUCGGUACAUCAGCUUCAUUCAGUGAUGAUUCUCUCCGGCGUUCAUUGAAAACCAUUCUGGAAUAUGGCGAGCGUGAUGCAGAGUUUCAAGAAACUAGUUUCCCUGAACAAGUACGCGAUUUAGUCUUUAAUCUGCACAUGAUUCUCUCUGAUACGGUGAAAAUGAAAGAGUUCCAAGAGGAUCCGGAAAUGCUGCUUGAUUUGAUGUAUCGCAUUGCGAAAGGUUAUCAAAACUCGCCGGAUCUGCGCCUUACAUGGCUUGCCAACAUGGCGCAGAAACACAUGGAGCGUGGUAAUCACUGCGAGGCAGGAAUGUGUCUCGUGCACUCUGCUGCAUUAGUCGCUGAAUAUCUUGCAAUGUUAGAGCCACUGCCGCAUUUACCACCGGGUGCAGCAGCGUUGGAAAAAGUCUCGCCGAAUGUACUCGAAGAAAGCGCUGUUUCCGAUGAUGUUUUAAGUCCUGACAGAGAAGGCGGUUGUCUUGGAUUUUCCGAAGGUGGUUUCCUUGGUUUAUUGGAACACGCUGCAAAUUCUCUAUUUGCUGCGGCCAUGUAUGAACCCAUGAAUGAUAUUUACAAGGUUUUGAUUCCCAUCGCCGAAAACAGUCGCGAUUAAAAGUUGUCGAAUAUUCACGGAAAGUUACACGAUGCGUACACUAGAAUCGAGCAAUUGCAUGGAAAACGUGUGUUUGGCACGUAUUUUCGCGUAGGAUUUUACGGAUCGAAGUUUGGUGACUUAGACAAGGAGGAAUUCGUGUAUAAAGAGCCAACGUUGACGAAACUGCCGGAGAUAUUCAGUCGUUUAGAGAACUUUUACGCGGAGCGCUUCGGAUCUGACAACGUCGUGAUCAUUAAAGAUUCGAAUACAGUCGACGAGUCGAAAUUAGAUCCUGAUAAGGCAUACAUUCAGAUCACCUACGUCGAGCCGUACUUCGAGACGUACGAACUGCGAUAUCGCCAGACGCAUUUCGAUAAGAACUUUAACAUUAAGCGUUUUGUGUAUUCAACGCCAUUCACGCCGAGUGGUCGUGCGCACGGUGAAUUACACGAGCAGUAUAAGAGGAAAACCAUUCUCACUACAGCCGUGCAUUUCCCGUACGUGAAGACACGCAUACAAGUUGUGCACCGCGCACAAAUCACACUCACACCGAUCGAGGUGGCGAUCGAAGACAUACAAAAGAAAACAACCGAAUUGGCUACGGCCACCACACAGGAACCCCCGGAUCCGAAAAUCCUGCAAAUGGUUCUACAGGGAUGCAUUGGUACGACGGUUAAUCAAGGCCCGCUUGAAAUGGCGCUUACCUUCCUGCCUUCCGAUGGCAAACCGCUAACAAAGCAUCAGAAUAAAUUACGGCUGUGUUUUAAAGACUUCUCAAAGAAAUGUCACGAUGCACUGAAAAAGAAUCGCAAUCUCAUCGGCGCAGAUCAAAAAGAAUACCAAAGAGAACUGGAUAGGAAUUAUAAGCGUUUUACAGAACGUUUGCAACCGCUGGUUAAUCCGCAAAACGUUACGGUUAUUAAUUCUUCCAGUCCGCAGAGACAACGACAAGAAGCAACGCUACGAUGGUAAUUGAUUAAAUAAUUCGUCCCAGGUGAGUCGCUGCAAUAUCAAGGAAAGAUUCUCAUCAAUAUUUAAACAUAUUUAUACGCUAGUAAUCUACGAGUAUUCCAAAGCUAAUUUAAUUUAUUUACUGCGAAUAUCAGAUUUGCAAUUUAUAUAUUCUCUAGGAUAAGUACUUAUUUUUAUACUUGCACCCGAAUAUAGUAUUAUAUUUGCUACGAAACUAGAAUAAAUCAUGAUUGUGCUUGAGAA